UCCCCCGCCCCCUCCUCCUCUCUCGCCUGCAGCCGAGCGUCCCCUUCCCCCACCGUCGGGUUUCUCCGCGGCUACUGCAGCGGAUUCAGAGCCGAGUAGCUGAGGAGAGGGAGGAGGAGGCUCCCGUCCCUGCGCGCCAUCCACCACCCUACUGGACACGGACGAGGGAACGAGAGCGUCGCCGGGGUAGCCUCCGGAGAAGACAAGGGCACCGCCGCCUCAGCUGCCGCCGCCGCCGCCGCGGCUUUCGCUUGUAGCGCUCGCCGGAUCCUCAGUCUUCCACAAUGAACCCUGUUUACAGCCCCGUGCAACCUGGGGCUCCUUAUGGCAACCCUAAGAACAUGGCCUAUACUGGUUACCCCACAGCCUACCCAGCAGCUGCCCCUGCCUACAAUCCCAGCCUGUACCCGACCAAUAGCCCCAGUUAUGCUCCAGAGUUUCAGUUCCUGCAUUCAGCUUAUGCCACUCUGCUGAUGAAACAGGCCUGGCCACAGAGCUCAUCGUCCUGCGGCACUGAAGGCACCUUCCACCUCCCAGUGGACACCGGGACUGAGAACCGAACUUACCAAGCCUCCUCUGCGGCUUUCAGAUAUACUGCAGGGACACCAUACAAGGUCCCACCGACCCAGAGUAAUACUGCUCCACCACCCUACUCCCCGUCACCCAAUCCCUAUCAGACGGCCAUGUAUCCAAUCAGAAGUGCCUACCCCCAGCAGAAUCUGUAUGCCCAGGGAGCCUACUACACACAGCCCGUGUAUGCCGCCCAGCCCCAUGUCAUCCACCACACUACAGUCGUCCAGCCCAACAGCAUUCCCUCUGCCGUCUACCCAGCUCCUAUUGCUGCCCCCAGGGCCAACGGUGUGGCCAUGGGCAUGGUGGCAGGAACCACCAUGGCAAUGUCAGCAGGUACCCUGCUGACCACACCCCAGCACACUGCAAUUGGGGCACACCCUGUCUCCAUGCCCACGUACAGGGCCCAAGGAACCCCUGCAUACAGCUAUGUGCCCCCGCACUGGUAAAGCCUGCAACCUGUCCAAAUCUGGAGUCUCAUUGUACGCAACUACUCAAGUCUAACACGGUGCUGGAGCAGUCCCCUAGCAGCACCACCUAUUUGCAAGAAGAGACAACGGAAGUGCAAGGGUCACUUUAUGCAUCUUUAAUGAUUUUUAUUUUUAUUUUUGGUUUUUGUAAAAGCUGCUUUUUCUAAUCUAGGAGCCUCCCCUCGUGCCUCCCUCUUAGCCACUGGCCUUCUGACUCUAUCCCCUCUUCCUUCCUGACCAGGCCCAGUCCUCUCUGCACUUCUUUCCUUCCCUGAGCAUCCUGUCCCUACAAUCCCAGUCUAGUAGCAAGCAGAGAGUGAGGUUUAUUGCAAUGGCUCAUCUAAAGGCUAUAUUUCAUUUGGAGAACAUAAUAGAUGUGGCCGUCAGGUCUGGGGUAGGAACUUGGAGCUGUUGAGAAGGCCACAUCUCUGUCAGAUUGUCAUUUUGCUGAAGCAAGAUUACUUCAAAAACAAAGAAAUAUCUUCUAAGAACCAUUGCAAAAGACCAAGAACAAGCCCACCUGGUUAUGUAGGAAUGUUGUCAGCAGCUUCAUGUCCCCAGGCCCAGAACCUGGGAAAGCAGAGAAUUUGGGGAAGGGUGAAGGGAGGGAGGACACUGGGGAAGUGGUGUGGAAAGGGGGCAAGAGGGUGCUCAGCUCUGGUUUGAAAGGCCUCUGGCCAAAUUGCUGGCCUGGACCUUCUGAUUUGCACAGUGAUGUUAGCUGACCUGGCACUUCCUCCAGAGAUGCUAUGACCUCAGACCUGCCAAACACUUGCAUGGUGGUGGGAUCCCAGCAUCCAGAGGCUUCGGAAAGCCAGGUGCCUGCAUAAUCCCACCUUCAGCCCGAACCUCAUGGACCCACUCGAGGAGCUUUCUCCUUAGACAGUGGCGUUUCUCUCCCUUGCCCUUCUGCCCUUCCCAGUACCGGGGUGCACAUGUCUGUCCGUGGGGCCGGCAUGCAGGCCAAGCUCUUGGUUACCUUCUGCCAUUUCACGGCCAAAGUGAAGGAACCACAUUCCAGGAGGGAGCUGGCGGUUCUGAAGGUCAGGAUAGUGAAGGAAAACAAUAGCAAUAAUCAUUUCAUACUCAUGGAACUGAAGGAACCUUAGCAUUCAUCAUCUCAUCCAUUCCCCCAUUUGACAGAUGAGGAAACUGAGGCCCAGAGAAGCAGAAGGACUUCUCUGAACCUUACAGGAAAUUAGCAUUAAAUGCAGCCUUCUACUUACUGGCAUUUUGCCUACAAAAAUUUAGCAAGGGAUGGAUUGGCUUGGCUUUGUAAAAAUUAAGUCAGCAGUGUCCACAUCUGGCGAGCUCUGGAAUGACCUCUGGGCUUCUUCCUGCUAUUUUCCCUCAUGGGCUCUAAAGGUGAGGGAUUGAAGACGAGGCAGAGGCCACAGAGGGCAGAGGGCAGGAACAGAAACUGCAUUUGGAAAGCCUGUGAAGACAUCUGGAAUGUUUAUCCUGCACCUGACUCCACCUCUAGGAAAAAAAAAGCAAGUGGGCUGGCUGGAAGGGGCUGUGCACUUAGGAUAGUAGUCCUUUAUCCCAAGAAGAGAAGAAGAAUGGGAACCACCAAAAAUGGAAGACAAGAAUAAGGCCAAGCAGAUACAACCACAUCUGGGAGAAGAAGAGGGACCCCUGAGACAAGGAAGCCCUUCCUAGUCUCAGCCAGGAAAUGGAUUGGCCAGCCACCUUCCUGUGCCCAACUAGCCAAGCCAAUAGCCUCCCUGGGUGUGAUAGGAGUAUCUUACUGUGUGCAAUUGGAUCACUGGUAACACCUGAGACUCGAACUGUUUUCAUUUCAAAUUGAUGUGAACUUGAACAUCACCUUCCUCCUAUUUCCCGUGUUCCCCUGAAGGAAACAAAAAAAUGGAAGCCCUUGAGCUAGAAUGACCUCAGAAACAGUCUGACUGUUUCCAGGAAUUCGGAGUCCAUCAGCAUCCAUGGCAGAGAACCAGAGGUUAGGGCUCCUCCCUGCCUGGCCUUCAAGGAGCUCAGGACCAGAAGGAGAAAACACAGCUGUUCUGGGGACUGACAAGGUUGUCUUUUAAGACACAGUUUCCCUUGUUGGUCUGCUUUUUACAAUGCCUCCUUCUACCCUCAUUGGUUUUGUAGAGGUGGAUGAAGGUUGCUAUAGAUUAUGUCUUAAAUGUUUGAAAAAUGCCAAAAUAAUAAUGGUGGUAAUAAUUAUAGAAGACCUUCGCAUGUGUCAGCUGUUUCAUAGAUGUUAAGCACUUCACGAGGGUCAGCUAUCCCACCUACUUGACAAAUGUGAACACAGAUUCUAGAAGGAGAUGAAAUGGCCAGAAGUGAACUGUAUGCUGGAAUCCUGGCAGGUUUCCUAGACCCAGUGGCCUUCAGAUGUCCUGGUAGAAGAGAGAGAGAGAGACAGAGAGACCUAGGAAUGGCCUCUUAACAUUUGUUCUUUACACAUCAGUAAGUAAACACUGUGACCCUCGCAGUUCAUGGGGUUUGUCCCUGAGAUGAAGGCAUGAUGCCUGCUGUUUAAUUCAUAGAGAAUCUAAGACUCAGAAAAGUCCCAUGUGUGACUUUCUGGUAAGGAAUCCCCUGCUGGCUGUAGUCUCUCCAAGCCUGAUCCACACAUGGGCUCAUGUUCUGAAGCCUAGUCUGUGGAUUCAAGAUCAGAAAGACCCCAAGGUGAAAAUCAAGUGUUGACAUGCUGUAGUGUAGAGAAACCAGACCAUUUAAUCUUUCUCAGUAAGAGCACAAGAGCCCCAGUUCAGCUGGCCUCCCGCUUUUGUUUAACAGAGAUCAACAAGUCUGCCCAAGCUUGAGGAGGGAGCCAUGGCAAACAGACUGAACCUCAGAACGCAAUGUGUGUGUACCUUGGGUUAGGUGAACACAGCUCUAGCAAGGGUGCCAUAGGAUUUAAGGAUUCUGGAUGCCCUAGUGGUCAAGAUAGAUGAGGCCAAAGCUGUAAGGGGCCCCUUACCAUAGGACAAGGCACACUGGCAUCACCACACACUCACUUACGCACACACACACACGUGCGCGCACACACACGCACCCCUGCCUCCCCCAAUACAAAGCUGAGGUAGAGGUGGAUCUGUUCACCAGCCUUCCUUGGUGCCAUUUGAUCGUCUUCAUCGGCCCUGGGCCAGAAAGUUUGGGUCUGAGAACUGGACUACUCCCAGUGAGUGAAAGCCUGCAAGUCUCUUGCCGUGCUUUCGAAACAAGUUCUUCCUAUGAGAUAAAAUUCUUUUUCCAUCUUGAUAUCCUGACAGUAACUCUGAAGUGCAUACCCGUCUUCCCUGAGUAUCCAUCAGGGACACACACAUCUAUCUGUCUAGACCUCUUUUUGUACAUAAAGUACUUUGACACUGAUUGCCAAAACCUCUACUUUAAAGAUACGGGCGGGGGCAUCAUGCUCUUAGGGAUGAGAGACUUGCCAGAGGACACAUAGCUCAUAAAUACAAGAGCCAAGACUUGAUCCUCUGUUCUGCUGCUGCCUCCUGCUGGGUCUUGAGUGUAAGCAUACUUGAAGAAGGAAAGGACUGUGUGUGCCCACAGAGGAAGCGUUUAUGGAGACUUGGGGGAGCUCCCAUUUUUCGCUGAGCAGAUUUUUGAGAAUUUCUGCUUUAGACUUUAGUGGGCCCCCUGGAGACCUAGAUGUAGAUGCAGCAGAGAAGCUGCCAGAAAAGACCUAACCCAGAACACCAGACGUGACACUGCCGGCACUUAAGAUGACUGGGGACAGAACCAAUCUUUGAGCAAGGAGUACUGCUUCUGAGAAGCCUGCACAUGUCGGCUCUCUUGACUCCGAUCCAGACCCAACAAGGCAGUUCAGGGACAUGGCGUGAGCGUGAGCUCCUGAAACACACUGCACUGGAGUCUUCACGCUUGCUCCUCCAGUGAGAGCCAGGUCCUAGCAUUCUAACUAGGCUCCAUAUGACCCAGUAUUUUCUGGCCAUCUAGAUGGUUCCAUGGUUGAGACCUAGAGGUUUCUUUGGAAAACUUGAUGCUCUGUCCUGAACAGCCUUCAGAAAUGAGUCAUGGGGAACAUCAAAGUAGGGUAAGUCUCAUGGUCGCCAAUUCUGGCGUCAUAUUGUGCAUACAUGACAGAUCAAACAAGGCAUUGGCUGAACCAGGCUAAGUUGCCUGCAUAUCAAAUAUCUUGCCCCUGCUCUGGCUGGAUCAAUCAUUAUUAUCCCAUGUGUGACUCAUUCAGCGAGCUCUGCCUCUCCAUCUUGUGUUAAUCAUAUCACUGCUGAUUAUGUGGCCCCCAUACUUGUCAAACUUGAAACUCUAGAGAAGGGCAGCCAGGGUCGGAAUGGACAAAGGGAAACAAAUCAAUGAAGAAACUUAGCCAGGCUCUCUGGUCUGAUGACACCUGAGCCUCUCGACAGAUUGUGGACACACCAGGCUGGCAGCAGGCUUGUCUUUUUCCUACCCCUAUUCCCUCUCCUAGAAAAAGCACUCAUGAAAUUUGGUAUUAUGUGGUUCCAGAACUCAAUAUUUGACAUUCCCAGCAGGCCAACUUCAACAUUCCAUGGCCAGACUUGCCUGGGCCAGACUUGGGUCCCAUUCCCUCAGUUUCUCUAGCAGGUAUUUCUUAAUUUAGAAACUGUUGAUGCCAGUCAGAAAGCCAGCCAAGAACACAGGAGUUAAAACUGGUUGCCACAGAGCCAAGAGGGACAUAACAGCACCUGCUUCACUGUGGCUGCUGCAUCAGUAGUCCUUAGGUAUCGCCGGUGCGGCAGUCCCCUCAUCCAUUCCAGCCUGAGAACAGAUAAAACAGCCUUACAGACAGCAGCCCACAGGAAUCAAGUGAGUGAAAUCUGCUUUGGGCUAAACCCUAGCGUCCUCUAUCCUUGACCCCAGCUCAGCCAUCCUCCUAGUGCAUGAAAAUCAAACUAAAGAGUAGGACUGGCCCAGAGACCUCAGGUCAGCCAGAUGAACUGGAUCUGUCUUGUGAACCAUGCUCCUUACAAGGUGAGGCAAGACUAGGCCUCCUGCACCUUGAAGUUGUCUUUAAUCUUUGAAGGCCCAGGGCCUGUCCCCUUCCUGUCUUCAAGGCAUCUGAUCCCUCUUUCAUAUCACAUGACAGAGAAGCUUGUUCUCAUGGCAUGUAACAUCCCUGUGAAGAGAGCGUUGUGUAUGAUUUUGUAUUUUUUAUUCAUUUUAACCUACAGGUUGGAAUCUAAUUUUUAAAUUUUAUUGGAACUCACAUUUUAAAAACAAAAACAUUAAAAAAUAAUUAUUAUAAUAAUAAACCUUUGACCAGUGUCUUCCAAGUAGUUUGAUCAAAUAAUUUAUAGGUGUUUUCAGAGCCUGGAGUGUAAAAAUUGGAAAGCCCUGUGGCCACACUUGUGUGUAUGAAGUGUAAAUCUGGCUUUGUUGACUUGGAUUCCUUUGAGUUUUGCUUUGUUUUGAAGAUCAGAUAGUGAUCACUCUGAAAGGUUGAAGCCAAGAGUUUGUAACUAUAUGAUAUUUACUGUAAGCUGUAGAACAUUCAACAACUAUUAAAAAAUGUUUCCAAAAAAAAAAACAAAACCCAACAUGUGGUUCUUGGGUGAAGGCCACACAGAUAGCAUUGGGCUAGUGAGCCCCUGCACUUCUCUCCCAGACAACUCUAAGUUUUUUGGGGUUUGUUUUGUUUUAACAUGUUCUUGUACACAUCUGGAACCUCAGUGCUUUGGAGGCUAGGGUAGGAGUACAACAUGAAGGCUUUGUCUCUAAGCCUGGGAAGAUGCUCAGUGGUUAGAACACUGGUUACUCACGAGGGCCAGUGGUUCACAACCAUCUGUAGCUCCUAUUCCAAAGGAUCCUGUGUGUUCUGGUCUCUGGGGCACCAGGCACACGUGGUGCACUUACACGCAAGCAUUCAUACACACUAUCCCAUACAAGCCUGAGAGAGACUCUGUGCUGUGUCUUCUUGGGACUAGGGGUCAGGCAGUGUAUGGGGGCUGUGGGUGUCAUCAGCACCUGGGCCAGACAAUGCGGUAGAAACCCGGGGAAGCUGAUAAUGAACUGACAUGUAGUCAGGCUGGAGGAAAGGGGAAAACUAAUAACAAAAACCCUGCUAUUUGUCGAGUGUCUUGUGGCUGGUGCUUGCUGCUCGCUUCUGCUUGUUGAUUUCUGAGGUCCUCACGCUCUGCGACCAAGAGAAGCUCUGCUAUUUUUCCAUGUGGGAAAGCUGGGAGAGCAGUUAAGGAGAAAAGAAGGGCCUGAGCUAAGGGAGAGCUGGAGUCCAUGUGCUACAGUCCAUGUUCUGCCCAUCUCGGUGGAGGUGAUUUCUUCUCUCUCUCUCUCUCUCUCUCUCUCUCUCUCUCAAUGUUUUCUGAGACAUUUUCUCUGUGUAGCUCCUGGAACUCGCUCUCUAAACCAGGCUGGCCUCAAACUCAGAGAUCUCCCUGUCUCUGACUCCUGAGUGCUGGGAUUAAAAGUGUGCCCCACCACCCAGCUAUGAGGUGGAUAGAGCCUUCUCUCAAGCACUGAGGGAGUGUCAGGAAACCAAGGGGGACCAUUAAAAUCCACAGGGCCUCAUACAAGCAGUCAUUAAGGACUCCUUUUUUCCCCUGCUGUACAUUUGAAUCUUCUGUCCCUCCCUGCUCAUGCUGCUCAAGCUUUGUCUUAAACUACUUCUCUAUUGUGAAGGCACCAUGACCAAGGGGAUGUACAGAAGAUAACCAUCAUGGUGGGGAGUGUGGAACCGGAGCGGUAAGAAGUUAAGAGCUCACACCUUUAUCCAAAAGUAGGAGGCAGGCAGAGAGAGAGAGAGACAGGAGCUACCUAGGAAUGGAAUGGGCUGUUGUAACCUCAGAGCCCACCCCCAGUGACACAUUUCCUACAACAAGGCCACACCUCCUAAUCCUUCUCAAACAAUUGCUCCAACUGGGGACCAAGCAUUCAAAUGAAGGAGCCUUAUGGGGCCGUUCUCAUUCACAGCACAACAGGUACUCUAGAGCCACCCAACCAUUUUCCUUUCUCAGGGCCUGGUCUUGACAAUUCAUGUUCCACAGCUAAUAGGCCAAAGGCUCAACAUGUUCAGUUGUAGAAAAAACUGGCCUAGGACUGGAGAGAUGGCCCAGUGGUUAAGAGCACUGGCUGCUCUUCCAGAGGUCCUGAGUUCAAUUUCCAGCAACCACAUGGUGGCUCACAGCCAUCUAUAAUGAGAUCUGGUGCCCUCUUC